AUGUAUUCUGUAGAUUGUAUAUCCUUAUCUGACACACAGAGACGAAAUUAUAGUGAUAAUUUGACGGAAAUGAUUUGUUCGAAUUAUUCCAAAACAAACCCGUUUAGUGGUGACACUGGAAAAGUUGAAUUGCCAUCAUAUUAUUCCCCACUUUUCGCUGCAGUAGCGGCAACUCUCAGCGCUGUGAUUUUCACUUUUGGUAUACUGGGAAAUAUCCUUGUAGUGGUGGUCAUUAUCCGUACCCGCAGCAUGCACACCACGACAAACUGCUACCUUCUGAGUCUAGCUCUAGCUGAUAGCUUGGUUUUACUAACAGCCACUCUACCAGCCAUCCCAGAGCCUUUUACAGAGUCGACGAGUGGCCCUUCGGGCUACCUGGGCAUUGAUAUCUCCUCGCUUUCCAUAACCGCAUUCACUAUAGAAAGAUAUAUUGCCAUCUGUCACCCCAUGAAGGCUCAGACCAUGUGUACAGUCAGCAGGGCAAAGAAAAUCAUAGCCAUUUUGUGGAUAUUUACGUUCCUGUAUUGCUCGCCCUGGCUGGGUCUAACAGUGGAAGCGACUGUACGCAACGAACCACCGGUACUCAAGUGUCAGAAGCGACUGGCCAGGUCAUCUUACCUUGUGACCUACAUGAUUGACCUCAUUCUCUUUUACGUCAUCCCGCUUAUCAUCGCCACCGUCCUCUAUUUAUUGAUCGGUCGAAUCCUCUACCUCAGCAGAGCCUUGAGGAAGUCCGAACAGCCAUCAUCUCGACAUUCGCAGAAAGGGUCUGCGGUGAGGCGAACAGAUUCCAGAGUCCAA